AUGGCAACUCCACGGGUGCCUCGACCACCAGUAGAGAUACCAAAGUCGCAAAGCACAGUGGAUAUCUACAUCAUCGACACAACGAGUUUCAUGAGCGGAUUCCCGGCUUCGUCCUUUGUGGAGCCCCUCGUAUCGGGAUUUGACACCGUGAAUGUCGGGUCUUACGCAUACCUGAUCAGACAUCCCGGCUCGAAGACCAAAUAUGGCACCAUGUUGUUUGAUCUGGGCGUGCGUAAGGAUUGGGAGAACAGCCCCCCAGCAUUUGUUGAGGGGAUAAAGAACACCAAAUGCAACAUAGACGUCGACACCGACGUCGCCACCAUCUUGCGCGAGAAUGGACAAGUCCUGGGAGAAAUCGGGGCCAUCAUCUGGUCUCAUUGGCACUUUGAUCACGCCGGUGAUCCCCAGACACUUCCUACAACGACGGACUUGAUCGUUGGCCCCGGUUUCAAGGCCACUAUCAUGCCUGGCUAUCCGACAAAUCAGGCCUCACAUGUGGACGAACGGGCAUGGCUGGGUCGUGAAUUGCACGAAAUCGACUUCACGCCUGCAGCAGGAUCCCGAAGGCUCCAGAUUGGUGGGUUCCAAGCGUAUGACUUCUAUGGCGACGGGAGCUUCUACCUCCUGAACUCCCCCGGACAUGCCGUGGGGCACAUGUCUGCUCUCGCCCGCACAACCGCCAACCCUCCCUCGUUCAUGCUUCUGGGGGGAGACAUCGCUCAUCAUUGUGGCGAGUUCCGGCCCACGCGGUACACUCCGCUGCCGGACAUGAUUUCUCCCAACCCCUUUCGCCAGAAAACUCCUGCUUGUCCGGGAAGGAUCUUUCUCUCCAUUCAUCCCAAGAAUAAUUCGGAGGAGCCCUUUUUUGGACCGGUCCGAGGCGACCGGUGGCACCACGAUGCUCUCGAGGCUACGGACAGUAUCCAGAAACUGAUGGAGGUCGAUGCGUACGACAAUAUUUUCCCCGUCAUGGCUCACGACAUGAGCUUGCGUGAUGUCGUGGAUCUAUACCCCAAACCUGCUAACAUGUGGAUGACCAAAGGAUGGAAGGAAAAGAGUCGAUGGGGUUUUCUCAAAUCAUUUAAGCCAGCAGAGGAGGGCCUUUCUCACCUGUAG